GAACCCCCAAUUAAAGUUGUCAUCACUGGGGCAGCAGGCCAGAUUGCCUACUCACUCCUCUACUCUGUGGCAAAGGGAGAUGUUUUUGGUAAAACACGGCCGGUUGAGCUGAUGUUGCUGGACAUUGAGCCAAUGAUGGGUGUACUGGGAGGUGUGGUCAUGGAGAUCAUGGACUGUGCUCUCCCACUUGUUGCGAAUGUGGUGGGCACGGCAGACCCAGAGGUAGCCUUUGACAAUGCUGAUGUGGCCAUGCUGGUUGGGGCCAUGCCACGACGGGAGGGAAUGGAACGUAAAGAUCUGCUCAAGGCCAAUGUCAAGAUCUUCAAAAGUCAAGGAGAAGCAAUGGAUAAAAAAGCCAAGAAAACCAUCAAGGUGGUAGUUGUGGGUAACCCAGCCAACACUAAUGCCCUGAUCUGCUCCAAAUAUGCUCCUUCAAUUCCCAAGACAAACUUCUCAGCCCUAACUCGUCUUGACCAAAACAGGGCACAAGCACAGGUUGCUCGCAGGUUGGAAGUUCCGUGCAAUGCUGUCACUGACUGCAUCAUCUGGGGAAACCAUUCAUCAACCCAGUUUCCAGAUCUGGCCAAUGCAAAGGUCACAAUUGAUGGAAAGGUGGAUGAUGUUAUUUCAAAAAUUCAGGACAACGACUGGGUCCACAAUGAGUUUGUAGCUACGGUGCAGAAGCGAGGGGCUGCUGUAAUAGCAGCAAGGAAACUGUCAAGUGCUAUGUCUGCAGCUAACGCCAUUGUUGAUCAUGUUAGAGACUGGUGGUGUGGAACUGGAGAAAAAAUGGUGUCCAUGGCCGUCUUGAGUGAUGGUAACAGCUACGGUAUUGAAGAGGGGCUCAUGUAUAGUUUCCCCGUCAAAGUUGACUCAAAGGGCAAUUAUAAAAUUGUCGACGGUCUCAAAAUCGAUAACUGGCAGCGUUCAAUGAUGGAUAAAACAGCUGCAGAGUUAAUGGAGGAGAAAGUUGCAGCCCUUGAAAUCUGCGAUCAAUGACCAAGGAUCUCAAAAUUGUAGAUUGGUCUAUCUGAGAUGACCAGAUUAACAGUAGUGUUGGACAGGUGUAGCAGAAACAACCACACAUUCUCUGUACUCCCCUUGUCAAUAUUCUGGAUCACUUUAUUACACACAUUCAAUAAUAGCCAUGUGGGAAACUGGAAAUAAUCAUUUAGGUCACUGAAAGAGCUUACAAAUAUUUCACUGUGAACUUAUAUAUUUUAACAAGGAACAGAUGUUUUGAAACAGGUACUUGUAGAACCUUUAGAAGCUAAAAUAAAUGAAAUCAUAGCUUUUUAUUUUUGUAUUUAAUUUAAAAUGGAAAAUCAUGACUAGUAUUAGGCUUUAAUAUUUUGUAGCCUUUGUUAGAAUGGUUAACCAUGAUUUGGAAAACAAAUUAAGUUCUCUGUUGGGAGAACAUACUUUUCAUUUUUCAUGCUGAUGAAAGGAUGGCAGAUAUACAGAGGAUAUUUAAUGGUUUCCCGUUGAAUACCAAAUGUGUUUCACUAUGACACAAUACCAAUUUAUUCACAAGUGCAAAGUAGCAGUAAAAACUAUAUGUACUUUGUGCCAUAUGAGUGAGACAUAUUUUGUAUUCAGUAGGAAAAACACAUGGUCCAUUUUGAAUGUACCUACAACGAGUUAAAAAUUGGAGGAAGGCAUAGCAAUUCUUUGACAACAUUAUAUUCUGUUAUAUGUACUUGACAAGAACUGUAAAAACCAGACCUUCAUCUAGUUCUCACUGAGCUAUAUGACCGUGAAGUAGGUCACACUGUAUACCUGGUACAUUUUUGCCUAGUACCUACCUGUAAUGUAAUAAAAAAGCUGUUUAUUGCAAAAAGAGUUUUGGUCCAUAAUGUGUUUUUAGACAGAUUACACUGGACCUAUUAUGAUGUCAAAUGUCCUACAAGGUAGAUAACAUAUUGCGCUAUGUAUCUAAUUACAAGUGUACCUAGCCAUGCUGACACACGUAUUGGACUACUUUGUCAAAUGGUAACAUAUCUUAAGUUCUUGUCAGUUCUAUUUGCAUCUUUCCAUGUCACAGGUGAUAUAUGUUGAAUGUUGUGUGUUUGUUUUGUGGUUUGGUGCAAUUAGCAUGUAGCUGGAAUGUACCUCUAUAUCUUUAACCAAACAAAACCCUUGUGUAUAUGACAUCUCUGUAUGAAAUAACCUAGUAUAGAGCUUUGAUCCCCUGUGAGGUUUUGUGGUAUGAUAUUUGAAAAAGGUUGGUGCUUUUAAGGAGAUAAGGGCCUGACUGAGGGCUAUAUUUAGUCUGACCUGCAGCACUAGGGACUGACUGAGGGCUAUAUUUAGUCUGACCUGCAGCAUUAGGGAUACCCCUUUUUUUUACAUCCUUGUAUUUCUUCUCAUUGAGUAUUGUCUUAAGAGAUUGACUGUUAGGUACCAACAAUUUCCCUGUGACCUUUACCUACUGUUUAUUCGCAGUUGGUGGUCAACUGAGAUGGUUGCUUCCCGCCAGAGUGAUAUUGCAAAGUUAUUACAUGUGAUUAUAUAGGUAAAGAUGAAAUGAUGCGAUUUAUUUUCUGGGCAGGUUUAGUAGUCAACAUACCAUAAUGUUUGUGUAAAUGCGGCAUCACAUGUAUCAAACUGGAAAUAAUUCCCUUUUAUACAAAUGUACACAUACUUUUAUAUUUAUAGUUAAUUGGUAAAAAACAAUGAUUUUUAUUCAUGAUCAAAACAUUUAUUUAUACAAUGAAAGAACAAGAGAAUGAUUUUCGUUUCUCAUCUUUCCUUCUUUCACAUUGUUAUUUAUUUAAACUUGUUGACAAGAUUUCAAUGGAAAAGUUGAUUUCUGAGUUUGAAAGAAAUGUGAAAGAGCAACAAAAGAAUCAAAAGUAGAUUUCAUUUAUGAACACUGAUUUUGUUUAAUUUUACCUUACAAUUAAUUUCCCUAGAGAUGAUAUUACCUCUUGUAUGUCCCUUCCCUACCAAUCAUGUAUGAUAUCAGAAAACCUCAAAUUAAAAAAAAGAAAACAA